GCCAUGUCUGAGAGAAGGAUAGAUAAGAAUGACAGCUUCAAACGAACAAAUGAUGGAAAGUUCUUGUGUCUUGCUUGUAGCAAAAUUUUGUCCUCAAAGGAAAGAGUCUUGCAGCACCUUCAUUUGCUACAUAGUUAUAGUCCUCUGAAACCAGUGAAGAAAUUGUAUAAGUAUGACAGCUCUGUGAAAAUUCCUAGAAGAACUUUAAUGAGGCACAGAUGGUCUGAUUCUGUACAGACUGAUGGUGCUGGCGAUGCAUUACUCAGACCUGAAAAAGCCAUGGAGGUGUCAGGAUUGAGUGGGGUUGAAUUAUUGGAUGAAGUCAACAGUGCAUCUGGUAGCAGUGAAUGUUGUUCUGCAGCAGUAUCAACUUUCCAAGAACACGAGUCUUCAUGCUUUGAGAACAGCAUUGAAUGUAAAACAACUGGUAGCUUUCAAAAUGUAAAUGCCAUUGAACACUCUGAUUCAGAAAGUGACUUGUCAGAUUCCAUUGAGUUGUCAGAAAGCCAUAUUGAUUCAUCUUCAAGUGACACUUUGAGUGACAUUGUUGUUAGCGAUGUUGAAACUGAAAACAAUGCAGAUGGCAAACAAGUUAAUAAUGACACUGAACUAUUCUCAUUUGGAAUUGCUGCAUAUACACGUCGUUAUAAUUGUUCAAAAGUGUCAUCUGAGGCAUUGUUAAGCCUAAUUAAAGCCCUUAACCCAGACUCUGAAGUGCUGAAUGACUUAACAUACAAGAAGAUAUAUGCAGAAGUUUGCCAUACAGCAUAUAAGGUCGUCCAUUACUGUGAAUCCUGUCUACAAAGUUACCCAGAUGAUCCUGAUGCUUUUCAGUGUUCUACAGAUAUGUGUCAAGGGCUUAGAUAUAUUGGUGAUUUGACCCAACAGCUAGAGAAGAAGCAUAAACCACGCACUUCCUUCAUCAUUUGUGACAUUGGUUUUCAGCUGAAACUUUUACUAGAAAGAGAAGGUGUAUUGGAAGAAGUUUUAGGAAAUAAAGAGAAAGCUAAACAAAAGAGUUCCAUUAUGUCAGAUAUAUACCAAGGAAUAGCAUAUAAGGACUUGUAUGAAAAUGGCAAUUUCUUGUCAUAUCCUUACAACGUAAGUGGAAUUCUAAACACUGAUGGAAUACCACUUUAUAAUUCCAGCAAAGUGAAGCUUUGGCCAGUGUUUAUCGCGAUUAAUGAACUGUCAGUUUCUCACAGAUUUUGUAGAGGAAAUACACUGUUAGCUGCUAUUUGGCAAGGAAACUCAAGUCCCCCCUUCUUGGAAUACUUUAAGUCAGUUGGAAAUGAUCUAAAAAAUCUGUAUGACAGGGGUUUAAACAUUGUUAGCAAAGAUGGUGAAAAAAAUGUGAAAUUAUGUGUCUGUCUUGCUACUAUGGAUUUACAGGCCAAAGCAUAUGCUACAGGAAUGACCAUGCACAAUGGUGCUUAUGGAUGCGUAACUUGUGAAGAGCCAGGUGAGAC